AUGGAUACCACCCGGGACUUCCUUUCGGAGCCUGGCGUUAAAGAACGCACUCGGUCGGUAUUCCGAAAAGUUGCUAGAAAACUAGAGUUAGGUCAUGCAAGUUUGUAUAAGAUAGCGCCCAGUGUUGCUGGACGAGCAAAGACCUGCUGGACAGUCCAUCGUGAGGGAGACAAUACGCGAGCACCCCUUGUUAUCAAAGACUCGUGGGAGUUUCCGGAGCGCUAUGAGGAGGGUGAGUUACUACGCGAGGCGACCAAGAAGGGCGUGGUCAAUGUCGGGAGAUACUAUUACCAUUCGACCGUCCGUGUCAAUGAUCGGGACGACGACGUCCAGGGGAGCGCUGGCCUUCUUGCCGCACUGGAAGGCUGCAUGGACGGAUACGAGCCGCUACAUACACAGGCUAGUCUGCUGCGGGGCGAUAUCUCACCAAAGAACCUCAUGGAGAAGCAGGAGAAGUCUUUGGGAGCAAUGGGGAAGACCGGCACACGGGCGCUCGUGGCGAUUGAAGUGCUUCUCGACGAUAAAAAUCAUUCAUUUAUGCAUGAUCUGGAGUCGUCCUUGAUGCUAUUCUGGAUUUGCAUUUAUUAUGACGGACAUGGUAAAGACAGUCGGCCAACGGAGUUUGAGAGCGUCAGGAAGUUGGCAGGUUCCAAAAAGAACGUUGUGGGCGACGAACGGGAUUUUCUCAAGAUCGCAGAGAUGAACUUUACGCCGUUUUAUUAA